AUGCCUGCGCGCACACGUCAAGGCCCCUCCGUGGCCACGGAGGCCGUGGAACCUGAGGAGCCUUCCGGCGCUCUUCGCCAUCUGAAAUUCAAUGAGCCGCUUUCCUGGCGCGUUGGACGCUCCGCAAUUCCGAUCGCGGACUUGCUACAGCGUCUGCAGACACUGGCGCAGGAGUUGCGCAAGUUCGAACAAGAGGAGAUUGAGAAGGAGUCUCUUAGGAAGGUCUCGCAGGAGCUGGCCGCUACUCAGCUUCUAGGGCAUAAGGAUAAGGGCGUUCGAGCCUGGGCGAUAUGCUGCAUUGUGGAUGUGUUGCGCCUCUGUGCGCCUGACGCGCCUUUUACGGCGAAUCAACUCAAGGAUAUCUUUACUUGUAUAGUGUCGUCGAUUAUUCCGUCGCUGGGCGAUCCCUCUAACCCAUAUAAUGCCCAACACAUCUACGUCUUAAAUUCCCUGGCGGAAGUCAAGAGUGUGGUUCUUAUGACUGAUUUGGAUCAUCCGGACACAUUGAUUGUUCCGCUUUUUACAAGCUGCUUCGAUAUUGUCGCAGGCUCGGCCAAGGCCUCGACCGGCGAGCCAGUCGCCAAGAACGUCGAGUACGAUAUGACCCGCCUCUUGGUGACAGUAAUCGACGAAUCACCCGUUCUUGCGCCUGAUGUGGUGGACGUUAUAGUAGCGCAGUUCUUGCGCAUCGACCCCCGUGUCUUGGAAGGGCCUGUGAGAAAGGGAAAGAAGCCCGAGACUGAGGUAGAUGAAAAACAGGAGACGCUUCUUUUGAAGGACUACCCGCCUGCUUACAACAUGGCCAAAGCGAUCUGUCAGGCUUGCCCAGAAAGAAUGACGAGCCACAUCAGCCAGUAUUUCAACAAUGUCAUCAUUGAUGCCUCCUCUGCCGGAAAGAGGAGCGGCCCUUCGAAGCAAUCCCAUCGCAAGCCAAACCUCGACGAUUCAGACGAAGAGGGUGAAGAUAUCAAGGAGCUGAGCAAAGCGCAUCGGUUAAUUCGAGAACUCUGGAGAGCGUGUCCCGACGUCCUGCAGAAUGUGGUUCCUCAAUUAGAAGCAGAGCUGUCCGCCGAGUCGAUGUCGUUGCGUUUGUUGGCAACGCAAACCAUCGGCGACCUGACAUCCGGAACUGGAGUUUCUGGGCCACCCCCUCCUCUGCCGAUGGACCCUGCUGCCUACCCGCAGGUGGCAUUGGAUGAAUACACCCGAUCAAUCCCCCAGCCGAAUGUCCUUCUUAUGCCUUUCUCCCCGAAGCCCUUCUCACAAGCACACAGCUCCGCGUAUGACAGCUUUUUGAGUCGGCGACUAGACAAGUCGGCUUCAGUGCGUGCCUCCUGGGCUACUGGUGUAGGUCGAAUCAUCCUUACAUCGGCGGGUGGUUCUGGUUUGAGUGAUAACGAGGAGCAAGCCCUUAUCACUCAUCUCGCAUCGAUGCUUCGAGACGCGGAUGAGAGGGUCCGCCUUGCAGCUGUUGAUGCAGUUGGCACAUUCGGCUUGUCUCACAUUGUGAACAAACUAGGUGUUACUGGUGGCUUUUCAACGCAAGACUCGCUGCUUUUUAUCCUUGCAGAGCGCGUCAAGGACCGGAAACCUCAAGUGCGAGAACAUGCUAUGAAGAUCUUGGCCCGAGCCUGGGCUGUCGCCUCUGGUGAGAUUGAACAAGACAAUGAACAGGUCACGUCCCUGCUAAAGGAUGGGCCUUCCAAAAUAUUUGACGCUUUCUACACCAACGACCUUGAUAUUCACGUUUGUAUCGAUCGCGUCCUUUUCGAGGUCCUUCUUCCUCUCAGCUACCCCCCGAUCAAACCCAAGCUUUCUAAAGGUGGCUCGAGCCAAUCUCAAAAGCAGAAGGACUCUCAGGCCUCCGAGCCAGAAAACGAGGCCGAUGUUGACAAGAUCCGCGUUCGUCGAAUUCUCACACUUCUACGAGGACUAGAUGAGAAGGCCAAGAAGGUAUUCUUUGCUAUGCAAGCUCGGCAGCUAUCCAUGAGGACGGCUGUCACAGUAUAUCUCCAGGCCUGUGAAGACUACAAUGGCGGCGUGAUGGAAAAGAACAAGGACCAGAUCAAGACACAACUAACUAAAAUUAUUGACACUUUGUCGAAGACAUUUCCUGAUCCAGUGAGAACAUCUGCCGACUUAUGGAAGUUCGCAAAGGUCCACGAUCGACGGGGCUACCAACUCAUUCGCUUCGCAAUGGCUGCCGUCAGUGACUAUCGCACUGUCACCAAAGCUGUUAAGGAACUUUCAAGAAGAAUACAGUCCAGCAAUAACAGCACAAUCCUGCACGAGACUCUAACGCCAUUGCUGUAUCGAUGCAGCUCCGUUGUUUUCAACCGAAGCCAUAUCCCUGCGAUCAUGAGCCUUUCGCGCUCAAACGAAAACGGGUUAGCGAAUCCCGCACAUGAGAUGCUGCGCGAAAUUUCGUCACGCAACCCCGAGGUUUUAGAGGCCCAGGUGCAAGAAAUGUGCAAAGAUCUUGAAGCACAUGCACCAAAAGCCGCCACAUUGAGCGCUGCAGGGACCGAGGAAAUACUCAAGGCCUGCUCUGGGUUCGCAAAGAAGCUCCCCUCUAGGUUACCGAAGGAGCGCAAGUUCCUCCAGGCUCUUGUCGACUAUGCUCUGCACAGUCCGUCACCUCGUGCUGCUAAACAUGCGGUACUAAUUCUCAUGGCUGUAGCUGAUAAGAAGGAGAUGUAUGCCAAAGAUCUCGUUAAGAAAUGUGUUUCCAAGUGCAGCUACAAUUCCGACAAAUUUCUAACGAAACUCGCAACGCUGUCGCAACUUAACCUUCUUGCUCCACGAGAGGCCGACGAGGAGAGCGACGCCAUCAUCAAGAUUUCUGUCAAUCAAAUCCUACUAACAAACCGAUCUCCUACACCAGACUCGGAAUAUUCAUGGUCAGAUGAAGUCAAUGAUGAGACUGCAGCCAAGGAAUGGGCACUCAAAAUCAUCGUCAAUCGUCUCCGGGCCAAAGAUGGCUCUGACAGUGACGACGACUUCCGUGCUCACGCAGGGCCUGUUUAUGACACUUUGAAUAAGCUCAUCCUCAAUUCUGGCGAGCUGUCGAAGAAGAAAGAUACACCGGCUGCCCAGAAGUCAAGACUGCGGCUUCUAGCUGCCAAUUCUUUGCUGAAGCUCUGCGGCUCACACACUCUAUGUGAACAAUUGCUCACCCCGAAAGACUUCAACGCGCUUGCGCUUGUAGCUCAAGACCCAAUUCCGGAGGUCAGAAGCGGGUUUAUUAACCAACUCAAAAAGAAACUUGUGCAGAACUCCCGGCUAGGUCAUCGGUGGUACGUCGUACCGUACUUGCUUGCAUUCGAGCCCCAGAUUGGGCUGAAAGAUAGCACUCUGACGUGGUUGCGAUCUCGGGUCGCAUUCUUCUCCCAACAAACGAAUGGCAAGAAAGGCGAGAAGCAGAUGGUUAUGGAAGCUAUGUUUUCACGUCUCCUAUCCCUUCUCGCAUACCAUCCCGAUUACCCACCGGCUGAUCUGGAUGAAUCGACAAGGUUGGACGACUUGGCAGAUUUUGCUCGUUACAUCCUCUUCUAUCUCUCUGCGGUGGCAAAUGAACAUAAUCUCUCCCUAAUAUUCCACAUCGCGCAGCGUGUGAAGCAAGCACGGGAUGGAAUUACGAACUCUGAUGAAAUAUCUACGCGCCUGCACACACUUUCUGAUCUAGCACAAGCAACAAUCCGACGGUUCGCAGACAUCUACUCCCAGCAACGCAGGUUCGGUGGGGGCGCCGGUGGUGUCAACAUCCUCCAAACAUAUCCUGGCAAGGUUGGUGUGCCUAGCUCCAUAUUUGCCCCAAUGGGAAGUCACCGUGAGGCGCAAGAAGUUGCAGACACGACUUUCCUCCCGGAAGAUGCCGACGACAGACUCGAUCGGAUUGUGCGAUCCUCCAUGCGAGCAAAGAACGGAUCAACCAGCCAGGGCGCUGCAAAGAAGCGAAAGACCGACGAGGGUAAUGGGAGCACCAACGCAACGAAGCGGGUGAAGAAGCAAAACGCACCUUCAAGUAGGCGCAAAUCAUCUUCUGCCGCCACCUCAAGGAACCCCAAGAAUAAGAAGAAAGCCGGAGAUGGUUGGUCGUCAGAUGAUGGCGAAGCGGCGGGUGAAGGUACUAGUUUGGCAGCUCGGAGACGUAGCAACAGAGGCAACCCACGAAGAGUCAGCUACGCAGACCGUGACAGCGAUGAAGAUGACAUGGAAAUGGACGAAUGGAACGAGGCUCAAGCCGAAGAUGAAGCCGAGGAAUCCGACGGAAGCGAACUGAGUGAACCCGAUAGCGAGGUGCUAAAGGAAGCCGACGGUCCCGACUCCGAAAAAGAGAACGAGCCCAAUGAUAAGCAAAACGGCGAAGAUGCAGAGCCUGAGUCCCCAGCCCCAGUCCCGAAGCCGAAAUCAACACCCAAACGCUCAGAGAAGGCACCGACGACCACAACACUUCCAACACGACGAUCCUCUCGGCGUGGUUGA